AUGUCGCCGGGUGCCGCAGAGCCUGGGCCCGCCUCAGCCCUGGGCAGAGCGUCGUCCCCCGAGCGGCCGGCGGCACGGUGGUCGUCGCGCCGCAGCCGGCUUUCCGACGCCGCGGUGCGCGCCAGGUCGUCGCCGUCGUCGGAGCCUGGCCCCCUCGGCGGCGCGUGGCAGGCGUGCCGCGAAUGGGGCCGGUGCGCCGCCCGCCGCUACUCGAGCCUGUCGCCCGCGCAGAGGGGCCUCGCCGUCGCCGCCUGCGUGCUCGCUGCGACGGCGGCGGUCCUCGUGCUGGCCUACUCGCACCGCUUCUUCGCCUGGCUGGCACCCUUUGCCCGCUCGUGGCGCGAGCUGCCGGGCGGCUGGCUGGCCGUCUUUGCCCUCGUCUUCGUCACCGCGUUCCCCCCGGUCAUCGGCUACUCGACCGCCAACACCAUCGCCGGCCUGGUGUACGGCUUCCCCGCCGGCUGGCCCGUCGCCGCCGCCGCCUGCACCCUCGGCAGCCUGUGCGCCUUCCUGGCCAGCCGCACCGUCCUGAGCAAGUACGUCGACGCCAUGGUCGGCCGGGACCACCGCUUCGUCGCCCUCGGCCAGGUCCUGCGCCGCGACGGCGUCCUCUACCUCACCGCCAUCCGCUUCUGCCCUCUGCCCUUUAGCCUGAGCAACGGCUUCCUGGCCACCAUUCCGAGCAUCACACCCUUUGCAUUUGCCGUUUCCACCGCCCUGUCGACCCCCAAGCUCCUCAUCCACAUCUUCAUCGGCAGCCGCCUCGCCAUCCUCGCCGAGCAAGGCGACAAGAUGAGCGCCCGCGACAAGGCCAUCAACUACAUCGGCAUCGCGCUCGGGUCCGCCGCCGGCCUGGCCGUCGGCCUCGUCAUCUACCGACGGACCAUGGCCCGCGCCGCCCAACUUGCCCGCGAGCAGGGCGCCGACACGGGUGACGCGGAGCAAGGGCUCGCCGCCUACGACGACAGCGAGGCCGCCCUGCUGGACCCGGAGGACGCGGCGGCCGUCAUGAUGGCAGACGACGACGUCUCCCUGUGGGAGGGCCAAGGCGGCCGUUCGUGGGAGGCCGUCAGCAACGACGGCGACAGUGUCGACAGUGACGAUGACGGCGACGACGACGACGUGGCCGGGCGCACCGCAAGACCGCCGGCCCUGCCAUGA